AUGUCCACGCCUGGCAUCAACUCCUACAAAGCUCGUUACCGCGAUCGAAAGCGGGCGAAUGUUGCCGCUGAGAAGCAGAAGCAGGCAGCUGCGGCGGAGCGUCGCGAGGAGAAGGAAGAGCACAAGAGGAAGCGCGAAGAAGAUGAGGAGACACUUCUGCCGCCAAAAUUGACUAAGUCGCAAAUGCGCAACAGGCGCAAGCGUGCGAAACUUGCGCGCGGCGAUGAGCAGCAGGGAGAAGAGGAGCCCGAUGAACCAUCUGUGGAGAUGGAGGUCGACGAGAAGAAGCCCGAGUUCGUCCUGUCGCUUCGUCCGGCUUCCCAGCCAUAUGUUUGUCCUGGCAAGAUGAACGCGAAGUGGGACGAUAAGAAGAAAUGCGUCGUGAAUUCUGGUACUAUGUAA